UGGGAAGUCAUUUUAGGGUUAGAUAGAAAGUAAGGAGGAGAGAAGGAAGGGGCUGGUCCCAUCCGGUGCACUUGUCGGCGUUUCACUGCUUAAAAAGAGAGACCCACGACUCCUCCAAUUCUCCCUCAUUACACCACCAAACCAACGAGACAAACCUAAAAACACUAGAAUUUCAACAACAACAACAACAACAACAACAAGAUAUGGGCCACCAUUCCUGCUGCAACCAACAAAAGGUCAAGAGAGGUCUUUGGUCACCUGAGGAAGAUGAAAAGCUCAUCCGCUACAUCACCACCCAUGGCUAUGGUUGCUGGAGUGAAGUCCCUGAGAAAGCUGGACUUCAAAGAUGUGGGAAAAGUUGUCGGUUGAGGUGGAUCAACUAUCUGAGACCUGACAUUAGAAGAGGAAGGUUUAGCCAAGAGGAGGAGAAAUUGAUCAUCAGCCUCCAUGGUAUUGUAGGCAACAGGUGGGCUCAUAUAGCUAGUCACUUGCCUGGGAGAACUGACAAUGAGAUAAAGAAUUAUUGGAAUUCAUGGAUCAAGAAGAAGAUACGGAAGACUCCAGCGGCACCUCCGACAACUGUCCAAGUCCCACCCAGUAUAGAAUUUUCUCCGUCAAGUUUUGGUUACGACCAAUUUGAUAUAUUAAACCAAGAUAUGAUGACAAAGCCGGUUCCUGAGAAUGUGUUUUCUUCUCCUUGCCCCCUAUUCACAUUUGAGAACAGUUUAGGCGGUGGUGCAAGUGCAAGAGAUGAACUUAUUGCUUAUGAAGUUGCGGGAACGAACACCACCGACGUAUGGAAUUCGAAUCAAACUCAGGUGCAAGUACCGCCCCCACCGUUUGAGUUUGCAGGCGGCAUGGACCCGAAUUAUUUGCCACCAUUAUUAGAUAAUGUGGAGAACAUGGUGCCUGUGGAGGUACAAUCUUGUUGCAUGGAUGAGGAAGGAGAUAUUGGUGGUGAAUGCUUAGAAAGGCAAGAGUUGAGUGAAUGGGUUGAAUCCCAGCAAUGCCCAACCUUUCUAAUCUGGGAGCAAGUUGAAGGACAGCUGAGUGGGGCUGGGAUCCCAUCAGCUCCAUCUAAUGUGGAAGCUAUGCUUGCUUCUUAUCCUUCUUCUUUGUAAGGUGCUAAUGAACUAAUGAAUCUCUCUCUCUCUCUCUCUCUCUCUCUCUCUCUCUCUCUCUCUCUCUCUCUCUCUCUCUCUCUCUCGGGUUUUCAAGUGAGAUGGACAUUAUUAGAUUGUUUAGAGGUAUUGUGAUGUUUGGAUGUGUGUGUGUGUGUGUGUGUGUGUUUUCUUUUUCCUUUUUUUUUUUCUUUUUUCAUUGAAGAGAUGUACUUUGAGGAUUGUAUUUAUAAGAGGCAUGCAAUGUUUUGUGAUC